AUGUUACUCGUGAAGAUAUUUCUUAUAUUAUUUCUCAAUAUAAUCAAUGUUAAUGGUAGAAGGUAUCCUGGAGGUGGAGGUGGAGGUGAAGAUGAUUAUCUUUCAAAGCACCAGAAUUACUAUUGCACCCAUGUAUCAAGCGUAGGUGAUGGUCUAAAUCUGGAGGCCCAGUUCAACGUAAUCGUGGAAUCAAUCUCAAUGAAUGAUUCAUCAGUUCCUAUCCCUGAUAUCCCGAUCUUCAUCUUCCCUUUGGCUCAACUCAAAAAAUUUGAUCGCAAUUUUGAUUUUUCAAUUAAGUAUGGUGGAUAUUUCUGGAUGUGGGACAGUCAGAGCUCUUUCAAUGUGACAGUUAAGGAUAAAUUUGCCAACGAUGACAUCAACUACUACCUUGGAAGUUUAGAAGCAAGUAAAUUCAACAAAGCUGAUGAGAGUACAGAAGUUCUGCUAAAAUUUGAUGUAAAGAAGAGUGGCAUAUACUGUGCCGUUAUAAUUCCCCCAGAAGCGGUUGAAGAAUUACAUACCAAGGAGUAUGCGUUCAACUCUCACGGGUACUUACCAUACCAGAAGUACAUUACUUUGCGUUCACAACUUAUAUAUUGUUUUAUUUUGACGUUGCUUAUUGGCUUAAUGGGCUUUACUUUAUACCAACAUGGUAAGAAGUACGGUGAUUCUGCUUACGAAGGAUUUGAUAGUUCUUCGGUUGCACUUAUUCCCAGAGUCUUUUUCUGUUUUGUAUAUCUUCCAGGGUAUAUAAGCGCAGUCAUAAGAUAUGCUUUUAACUUGAAUGCCAAUUAUGCCCAAACUAAUUUACAGCACAAAAUCUUAAUAAAUAUAUUAGAUCUGGUCGAUAAGUUGUUGAAUGUUACUAAUAGCUAUGUCAUAUUCUUACUCGCAGCUGGUUAUGGAAGUUUCUACAGUGGACUAGGAUUUGGAUAUCAAAAGCCAUCAUCUUCUCCUACAUCAUUCCAUACUCCGAUGCCAGCUAGAAUGUGGAAUAGAGGCAUCCAAUUUUACGUUUUGAACAUUUUGAGUAAGUUUUUACUGGAAGUCAUUGACAAUUAUGGGGAUAAAAUACACCUAGUGGUCGACUACUUCGAUGGGGUUGUUGAUGGAGACAAACACAUAAGUGCUUAUUACUUUGUUGUUCCUAUAAUAGAUUUUUUGAAUAUCACAUUUCCAUUAAUAUGGGUAACUACAUCAGUUGUUUACUACUUCCGCAAUCUGAAGAACAUGGGUAAGCUUUCACAAAGAGAGACUAACUCCAAUCAAUACAUAGCUAAGAUAACAAAAUCUUAUCGAUCAUCCUUUGUACCCAUUUUUAUUAUACCCUUUGUGUUUGGUGUAAUUUAUCUAGGAAUAAUAAUCAAACAAGUGAAUUCAACUGGGAAGAAAUUUAAUCGACCAGAUAUCUUCCAUAUAAAUCCAAAUCACGAUGAUGACAGAGCAGAUAAUAAUUUAGCCAAUAACCCCACAUACACUGUACUAAAGCUCUGGACCAAUUACCUUGCUACAGUGCUAAGUAUGAUUUUUACAUACUUCUUUUGGAUAAAGGAUAAUGUUGGUAUCAAAUUGCUGUCUAGAAUUGGCUCUACAGAGUUCAGUCAAAUUCCAAUGACAGAUUUUAAUUAG